CCCGGUGGCUCCGUUCGCUGGCACGGCUAUGGAGGCGCAGCGGCCGCGGUGGUGCCGGGAGGUGACCGGGCCCGUCCCGCACUCCUUAGCGCUGGUGAGAGGCCGCGCCGGUGCAGAUGGAGUCCGCUCCGCUCCCGGGUGGUGCGGGGUCCUCGGGGCGGGCACGCCAACCCGUUGCCGGUUGUGGUAGGGCCCUCUGAGAGGAGCCGGGAGCGGCGCGGAGUGGGGUUCCCGGGGGAGCCCGGUGCCGUGCGGGCUGAGGGCCCUGGGAGGACCUGCUGCCAUCUGUUGUGGAUCCCUGGGGGAGCCCGUCUGACUGUACGCAUAAAGCAGACCAUAAACACUCCCCUGGAUGUAUAGGGUAAGAUUUAAGCUAUAGCCUGGGCAACAGACAAGUGCUGGCACCUGAAGCCAUUUCAUGCUAUUGUACUGGUGUGCUCUUCAAGAGAGCCAAGCCUCCUAAAGAACAAAGAAGUGAAAAAUUUGACUUAGCCCACAGACGGAAAGAAAAGGGACUCCUUGAAAAUGCUGAUUUCUUAAAGCUGUACAACCAGUAUCGCAACAUUGAUGAGUGGCAGCGACGCAACGAACAAAAGUGGCUACACUGCGCUGUGCGGAGAAAGGUGGAUGCAACAAUGCGGGAAUAUCUGGCAGAGACUGAUGAGAGAAGAGAGAGGCUUCGUGAGCUUCUGGAGGUGGAGGAAAGUAGGUACUUUGCUGAGAUGGAGUCACUUGAAGAAACGGUUGUGGAGAAACAAGCAAAAAUGAGGGAGCGAGCAAAAUUACUGAGAGAGGAGAGGGAGAAAGAAAGACAACAACUGGUGGCUGAGAAACGAGAGCAGCAAUUCAGAGAACAAUGCGAGGAGCUUCGUGUACAGUGGAUGAAGAAGCAUCAGAAGGAAUUGUGUGAAGACCGACUGGCCCAGCUAGCUCUGAAGGAGGAAUUGAAAAAGCAACAGAAGAAGGAGGAGGAGAUGUUUGCAGAGCUUUGGAAAGAGGAUAGGUUGGCUAAGGAAAAGCGAGAGGCAGUGGAGAUGCAGAAAUCAGCAGAACGGAAUCAGGAAAUCCUGAAUGUGCUCAGUGCCCAGGUAGCGGUGCUCAGUGCUCGCAAAGAGGAGGCGAAGCGGCUGAAGGAAGAAGAGGCUCAACUGCUGGAAAAACAGCAGCAACUGCUUAAGCUAGAAAAUGAACAACUUCAGCUGGAGAAACUACAGAAACAGAAACAAUGCAGAGACACAUUGCUCUGUGCAGCACAGGACAAGCAGAAGCGUCUUAAUGAAGAAAAACAAGAUGAACUUGCCUUAGAGAUGAAGAUCUUAGAAAAAUCUCUUCAGGAACCUCAGGAGGACAGUGAGGAGAAAACAAAAAGAAAACAAGAGCUGUUCAAGGAGCAACGGACUUACCUGGCACACCUGGCUCAACAGCUGGAGGAGGAGAAACGGCGAGAAAAAGAAGCGGACGAGCUCCUCAAAGAAGAAAUGGCGAAGGUUUGGGCCAAGAAGGCUGAGCAAAUACGAUUAGAAAAGGAGGCUAGAAAGCAGCUACUGAAAGAUGUCUUGGAUACAAGACAACUGCAGGUGGAGGAGAAGUUGCAGAGAAAUGCAAAGGAGCAGGAAGAACUCGCUCAAGAGAAGAAGUUAUUAGCUGAAGCAAUCACAGAACUUGAGCAUAUAGAAGAAGAAAAAUAUGCAAGAAAAGUAAAGGAAGCAAAAGACUACCAAGAGCAACUCAGGGCUCAAAUUGCCUAUCGACAACAGGCCCGUGAUGCUGAGGAAGAAGAGAAGCAGCGAGAAUAUGAAUCAGGUCUAGUAGCAGAGAGAGCUUACCAAGAAAGGAUACAGGACAUUCUAUCAAGGCCUUGUGAGAAACUAGCAAAAACCCACCCUUUGAGAAGAAAACUAAUGUCUAACUCUCAAGAAGAUCACUUGCUAUGAUAUUUUAUCUCACUCAGUAGCCUUUAAAAACACUUUCUAAGGGUGUUUAUAACUGACUUGAGUUAGCGGACCCCUCUCCACUGUGAUGCUCAAAAUUUUAACUGGAAAG